GACUUGUAAAAAUACUUCUUCUCCAGACGGCAUGUGAUCGCCUGUACAAUGUGCUUCUGUUCCCCGAGGGGGGAUGGCUGGUUGACUCAGGCUUAGAGGACCAGGAUGUCGACACCUCGGCUAAAGAUACCAGCAGCAGCAGGGAGUUGAGACUUGACAAUCAAGAACCAGAUCGGGCCCAGCAGAUGUCUGUGUUACGCUCAAUCUACAUCCCACAGGUAACUUCCCUGCUGCAAAACAUUCUACACUCAACAGAAAACUAUAAAGACUCAGUUAGACUGGCAGACAUCAUUGCAUCAGAGCAACAUCAGCUGUACAAGGCCUUUGGAUCAUGUGAACUGCAGCGGUUCUUGAUAAAGCUUCAGGAGACAUCAAGGGAAUUGCUAGACCGCAACUGCGAUGCCCUCGGGUACCCACUCCAGUAACCAGUGUUCAAAGGGGAGAAUGUAUGAUACACCAGUGCACACUUCGACUGUAUAAACUGUGAAAUCUUUCUCAAAGACAGAAGGGGAAAUAUUUUGAUAUGAUUUAGAUUGAAAAUUCUAGAUGACUGUUGAUUAUGCUUGAAGGGCAUGGGCUCAACAGGUUGAAAUUGUUAGGUUUUGCUAGUUUGAUAUAGUACUGCAGGAAUAAGAGGGUCUUCAGUCAAGCUGAGAAAGGUAGAAAAUCAGAAGGGAAUAUUUAUUUUGUUUUAAAUCAUUGGGACUGAAAAUGUCAAAUAUGUAGUAAAAAUAUGUUGAGAAAUUUUAUUACUUAAUGAAAGUUGAGGAAAAUGACAAAUGUUAAAGAUGUUUUCAGACAUUGAAAGUCUUGUGUGAUUACUACAGAUGGUCCUCACCUAUGUAGUAUGUUUACCUGUUUUUAUGUACAUGUUCUAUGUGUUAAGUUGUGAUACGUUAAAAUAAGUAGUGUUUUAAAUAAAGUACAUUAUUUGAA